AUGUUCGUAGUAUCGCUCUAUACCGUUGGAAGAGAGUUGCUAAAGAGGAAUGGCGUUGAUGAUGGGGACGCUGACAUGGGUUUCGAGCAUGAGCUCGACGACUUCAGAAGACAAGACACGCUGCUCGGUAACCAUGGCAACGUCGAGCGACUCGUAAACAAGGCACCUCGCCACAAUGCGGAGGACCUAGAAAUGAAGCCGAACGUGCUCGACGAACACAUGGGUCGACUUCACGAGAUGCGUGCUAUCAAAGACGAUAUGAAUCCCAAGGAAGGGGGGAUGGACGACCCCUUGAUUGAUGAACAGUUGAUGUUACUUAACAAUCCACCAAAAGUUGCUAAGCAUGAUGAAUUAGUGAGAGUUGAGCUGAAGGAAAAGGCAAAGUCUGGUGUCAACCCGCAGUCACCUGACAAUCGACCAGGUGAUGUCGUCCGUUUGAACAUCACCAAUGUUAUGGAUGCGGAAAAGCAAAGUCUUCGCAAGCAUCUAGCUCCAGACCUUCUCAAACCUCCAGGAAAGAACAUAUCAGUUCAGGAUCAGAAUGGGAAAGACUCAACAGAGAUUGUUAUUAUAAUGGUUGAUCACGAUAAGUUUAAAUCUGAAAUAGAUCGUCCAGAGAGAGCGUUCGACCCCGCCAACCCGCUUGGUGAGAUGGGUAAACCUGUCGUGUUUGAAGGAGAGAUGAAGAAACUAGCUGAUGUACUCUACCCUCGUAAUGCAUUCAAUCUCUUAGCCAGCGAUAGGAUUGCAUUCAACAGGACACUGCCUGACGUCAGACCUAAACAAUGCAAGUCUGUUGUGUUCCCCGAUGGUCUACCGACGACCAGCGUUAUCAUCAUCUUCCAUAACGAAGCAUUCAGUGCGUUACUCCGUACAGUUCACAGCGUUGUCAACCGGUCACCAAGGCAUCUUCUCAAGGAGGUCAUUCUGGUCGAUGAUGCCAGCACUCAGGAUCAUUUAAAAAGGAAACUUGAUGAUUACCUUUCGCGCCAUUUUCGAUCGUCUGCUCUGGUACGUUUGGAACGAUUACCGAUACGCUCGGGGUUAAUAAGAGCGCGUAUACACGGUGCAUUGGCUGCCACUGGUGAUGUGCUGACUUUUCUUGACUCUCAUUGUGAAACUACGGAUGGAUGGCUAGAACCUCUUCUAGCUGUAAUCGCUAAAGACAGGAGAAACGUUGUGACCCCUACAAUAGAUGUUAUAAACGACAGGGACUUUGCAUUUCAAGGACAUGACGAUCUUCCUUAUGUGGGCAGUUUCGAUUGGUCGAUGUAUUUCCGAUGGACUCCGAUACAAAGAAUGGAUUUAGAACAAGCGAAGCAAGACCCAACCCUGCCCAUCAGAACGCCGACAAUGGCGGGGGGACUGUUUUCGAUUGAUAAGGGAUACUUCAUGGAUAUAGGCAUGUAUGAUCCGGGACUGCAGACAUGGGGCGCCGAGAACUUGGAACUUUCUUUCAAGACGUGGAUGUGCGGUGGGUCGUUAUACACCAUGUCCUGUUCACACGUGGGUCAUAUCUUCCGGAAGUACGCCCCCUACACCCACGCCUCGGGUCAUUUAAAUCGCAACACCAAGCGCAUCGUGGAAGUCUGGCUAGAUGGAGCAAGGCCUCUUUUUUACAAGUUGAAUCCAGGCGUUGCGAGCGUGGACGCUGGGGACAUUCGGGAGCAGAUCGGUCUCCGCAAGAAAUUGGAAUGCAAAUCGUUUCAAUGGUACCUGGACAAUGUCUUCCCCGAGUCACCGUGGCCGAGAGAGGGCAGUAUAUUUGGUUUUAUUCGGAAUCCAGACCAUAAAGUUUGUCUUAAAAGCCAACAGGAUAAGAAAGUCGUAGCAAAACCAUGUGGACAAAUUAAUCAAAUGCGACUAUGGGAGUACACAAAGCUGAAUGAGAUAAGACAAGAUGUACAGUGCCUCGACUUUACGGGACAGGGUGAAUUAGCUUUAUAUGGAUGUCAUAGAGGACAGGGUAAUCAAUUAUGGAACUGGAACAAUUCGACGAAACAAAUAUCCCACGGUCUUCAUGGAAAAUGUCUUAGUAUAGCUUCAACCGAUAAUAAGGGUACCACGAGUCUGGAGAUGGCUCCUUGCUUAGAUUCAAAUCCCAACCAGCGUUGGGAAAUGCCUCCACCAUACAACCCAAAAUUAUGGGGUUAACAGCUAAAAAAAAUGGUGCAUUAAGCGAAGAACUAGGCCCAAUAGCUAUG